ACCCCGCCACUGUCUUCUUCUCAGUCUUCAUGGCCCUCUGGGCGGCCACCUUCAUGGAGCACUGGAAGCGGAAGCAGAUGAGACUCAACUACCACUGGGACCUCACGGGCUUCGAGGAGGAGGAGGCCGUGAAGGACCACCCCAGAGCCGAAUACGAGGCCCGGGUGUUGGAGAAAUCACUACGCAGGGAGUGUAAGCACAAAAAGACAGACAAGGUGAAGCUGACCUGGAGGGACCGCUUCCCCGCCUACCUCACCAACCUGGUCUCCAUCGUCUUCAUGGUGGCCGUGACCUUCGCCAUCGUGCUGGGCGUCAUCAUCUACCGCAUCUCCACGGCCGCCGCCCUGGCCAUGGCCUCCUCGCCCGCCGUGCGCUCCAACAUCCGCGUCACCGUCACGGCCACGGCUGUCAUCAUCAACCUGGUGGUCAUCAUCCUGCUGGACGAGGCCUACGGCUGCGUGGCCCGAUGGCUCACCCAGAUCGAGGUCCCCAAGACGGAGAAGAGCUUCGAGGACCGCCUGAUCUUCAAGGCUUUCCUGCUCAAGUUCGUCAACUCCUACACCCCCAUCUUCUACGUGGCCUUCUUCAAGGGCCGGUUCGUGGGGCGCCCGGGGGACUACGUGUACAUCUUCCGCUCCUUCAGGAUGGAGGAGUGCGCCCCCGGCGGCUGCCUCAUGGAGCUUUGCAUCCAGCUGAGCAUCAUCAUGCUGGGGAAGCAGCUCAUCCAGAACAACCUGUUCGAGAUCGGCAUCCCGAAGAUGAAGAAGUUGAUCCGCUCCCUGCGGCUGAAACACCGCGGCCCCUCUGCCCGCGAGCACGUGAGGCGCAGGCAGCGCUAUGAGGUGGACUACACCCUGGAGCCCUAUGCGGGCCUCACGCCAGAAUACAUGGAGAUGAUCAUUCAGUUCGGCUUCGUGACCCUGUUUGUGGCGUCCUUCCCGCUGGCCCCCCUCUUCGCCCUGCUCAACAACGUCAUCGAGAUCCGGCUGGACGCCAAGAAGUUCGUCACUGAGCUCCGGAGGCCGGUGGCCGUGCGGGCCAAGGACAUCGGAAUCUGGUACAACAUUCUCCGCGGCGUGGGCAAGCUGGCCGUCAUCAUCAAUGCGUUCGUGAUCUCCUUCACGUCCGAUUUCAUCCCGCGCCUCGUCUACCUGUACAUGUACAGCAAGAAUGGGACCAUGCACGGCUUCCUCAACCACACGCUGUCCUCCUUCAACGUCAGCGACUUCCAGGACGGCACAGCCCCCAACGACCCCCUGGACCUGGGCUACGAGGUGCAGAUCUGCAGGUACAAGGACUAUCGUGAGCCCCCGUGGUCGGAGCACAAGUACGACAUCUCCAAGGACUUCUGGGCCGUGCUGGCCGCCCGGCUGGCCUUUGUCAUCGUCUUCCAGAACCUGGUGAUGUUCAUGAGCGACUUCGUGGACUGGCUGAUCCCCGACAUCCCCAAGGACAUCAGCCUGCAGAUCCACAAGGAAAAGGUGCUGAUGGUCGACCUCUUUAUGCGAGAGGAGCAGGACAGGCGGCAGCUGCUGGGCACCUGGAUGGACGGGGACGGGGAUGGGGACGGGCCGGAAGGGCGCGGGCAGCACCGCAACCACCAGUCCCCCGCGUGGCCGCAGGGCCCGGGCGCUGGGGACGGCUCGGACCCGGACCCGGAACAGCUGGGCAGUGCCCUGUAGCCGGGGGCUGGAAGCCGGAAGCCGGGUGUUCCGUGCCCAAGGGCAGCGUCCCGGGACCCUCCCGGUGCCCUGUGGGGGGUGGGGGGGGGCGCAACCCCCGAGGGAGGAGACCCACCGCCCGUCCCUGGGCCUCCUCUGUCCAGUCCCCUGGGGGUCCGGAGGGGAGACGCCCCGACCGGGGAGGGGUCCCCUGGGGUGGGGGGCUGACGGGAGGCUCGUGGCAUCUUUCCAAAGGUGCCUCCGGCUUGACGGGUGACGGCCACCAGCCUGGGCGGGGCGGCAGGGUGGCGGCUGAGAACUGAAUCGUAGGCCUUCCAGGGACCUGCCCAGCUUCUGUCUCUGUCUCUGUCUCUGUCUCUGAAUCAAGUCUGCGGGGGUCCGAGGGAUGUUCGUCUAGCAGCCGCACCAGGGCGGGGGCCCCAGCCCCUUGGCACACGCCCGGCAAGGCCCUGUGACUGACAACCAAAGAUUUUUAUGAAUAAAGCUUUCUAUUUUGGUAAC